UCAGCAGCCGCUGAGCUCACUCGCCUAAGUCCUGGAGAUCACCCGAGCGGAGCAGGCCAGGGGCCCGGCGCUCUCCCAGCGUGGGGGCCUGGGUCCCCAGACUCCUCCUUCGGGAGGGCCGCAGGACCCGCGCAUUCUGCUCCGCGUGGGGAACGGCCCUUGCCUCCCACGGUCCCCUCCCCCGCCGCCGGCCCCUGCAGCACCCCUGGCCACCUUCCUCCCGGGUACCCCCCACCCCUGCGCUUCCCGGGGCACCUACGGCGCCCAGGUCCGCGUCCAAGCAGACAGGCCGACCUGCCUCUGUCCAUCCUCAGGCCGACGGGCACACUCGCCUGGGCAGAGCUGAACUUUCCGGAGCCGCCGCGCCCCUCCUCCUGCGUCCCGGGGCGGUCUCGAUCGCCAGAGGAACCAGGCCGGGGGCGGGGCGGGGACUGGGCGGGGACACGGCUGCAUCCCGCCCGCCGCGCGCUGGGCGCUCAGAGUCUCGGGCGCGGCGGGAGCGCAAUUAAGGCCGAUCUCCCGCGCCCAGAGGUUGCUCCUCUCCGAGGUCUCCCGCAGCCCAAGUUCUCUGCGCCCCGAGGUCUCCGCCCGCACCAUGCGGCUGGGCAGUCCUGGACUGUUCCUCCUGCUCUUCAGCAGCCUUCGAGCCGAUCCUCAGCAGAAGGAAGUCAGAGCGAUGGUGGGCAGCGACGUGGAGCUCAGCUGCGCUUGCCCCGAAGGAAGCCAUUUUGAUUUAAAUGACAUUUACGUAUACUGGCAAACCAGUGAGUCGAAAACCGUGGUGACUUACCACAUCCCACAGAACAGCUCCUUGGACAACGUGGACAGCCACUAUCGGAACCGGGCCCUGAUGUCACCGGCCGGCAUGCGGCAGGGCGACUUCUCCCUGCGCUUGUUCAACGUCACCCCCCAGGAUGAGCAGAAGUUUCACUGCCUGGUGUUGAGCCAAUCCCUGGGAUUCCAGGAGGUGCUGAGCGUUGUGGUCACACUGCAUGUGGCAGCAAACUUCAGCGUGCCUGUUGUCAGCACCCCCCACAGCCCCUCCCAGGAUGAGCUCACCUUCACGUGUACAUCCAUCAACGGCUACCCCAGGCCCAACGUGUACUGGAUCAACAAGACGGACAACAGCCUGCUGGACCAGGCUCUGCAGAAUGACACCGUCUUCUUGAACACGCGGGGCUUGUACGACGUGGUCAGUGUGCUGAGGAUCGCGCGGACCCCCAGCGUGAACAUCGGCUGCUGCAUAGAGAACGUGCUUCUGCGGCAGAACCUGACUGUCGGCAGCCAAACAGGACACAUCGGAGAGAGAGACAAGAUCACAGAGAAUCCAGUCGGUACCCUCGAGAAGACCGAGGUCACGUGGAGCGUCCUGGCUGUCCUGUGCCUGCUUGUGGCCGUGGCAGUGGCCAUAGGCUGGGUGUGCAGGGACCGCUGGCUCCGCCGCAGCUAUGCAGGUAGAGACAGCCCCAUAUUGUGGAUGUUAAUGUUCGUUCUGUUGGUGUGAACGUUUGCCUGCUUUAACUUCCCUCACUGAUACUGAUUUAGCUUGAAACUUUGCUGUGGUAGCAUCAACACUCAUGAGCCUUAGCAAC